AUGAAAAAUGGUUGGAAUAUAAUAAGGAACAAAAUUUAUUUUUUACUAGCUAUUCUUGGGAUAUUAUCUGUCUUGUCAUUGCAUUUAUAUAUGCCUAAUGAGAAUAUUAAUUUAAGUUUCAAUAAAAAUGAUUCAUAUAUAAGAAUAUUAAGCGAGCAAAAUCCAGAAGAUUAUCAAUUUACAGAUCUUUGUAGGACGGAGUGUAGUAGUAAUUACAAUGAGGAUAUAGAAACAGAAACUGUUCAAACGAAAAAUAUAUUAUUGGAAGAUAAAGAAGAGAAUGAAAUGAAUACGACUAAUGAGAAUCAUAUGAAUUUAAGGUCACUUUUAGAUAAAUAUGACGAAAUACAAAACCAAGAUAGAGAAAAAGAAUAUAGAAACGAAAUGAAGGAAAGAGAAGAAAUGGAAGAAAGAGAAGAGCGUGAAGAGAACGAAAGGAAAAAGCGGAAAGAACGUCAAUGGAACGAAACUAAAGAAAGAGAAGAGCGUGAAAGGGGUGAAAUGGAGGAAAGAGAAGAACGUGAAAGGAACAAUAGGAAAAAACGGGAAGAACGUCAAAGGAACGAAAUGGAGGAAAGAGAAGAGCGUGAGAGGAAUGAAAGGGAAGAAAGAGAAGAACGUGAAAGGAACGAAAGGAAGAAACGAGAAGAACGUGAAAGGAAUGAAAUGGAGGAAAGAGAGGAACGUGAAAGGAACGAAAGGAAGAAACGCGAAGAACGUGAAAGAAAGGAAAUGGAGGAAAGAGAAGAACGUGAAAGGAACGAAAGGAAGAAACGUGAAGAACGUGAAAGAAAGGAAAUGGAGGAAAGAGAAGAACGUGAAAAUAAUGAAUUGAAGAAAAGAGAAGACCAUGAAAGAAACGAAUUGGAAAAACAGAAACAAAAAGAAAGGAAAGAAAGGGAGAAACAAGAAAGGAAGGAAAGAGAAGAACGUGAAAGGAAAGACAGGAAAGAAAGAGAACAACGUGAAAAGAAAGAAAGAAAAGAAAGAGAGGAGCGUGAAAAGAAAGAAAGGAAAGAAAGAGAAGAACGUGAAAAGAGAGAAAGGAAAGAAAGAGAAGAACGUGAAAAGAAAGAAAGGAAAGAAAGAGAAGAACGUGAAAAAAAAGAAAGGAAGGAAAGAGAAGAACGUGAAAAAAAAGAAAGGAAAGAUAGAGAAGAACGUGAAAAAAAAGAAAGGAAAGAAAGGGAAAAAAGGGAAGAAAAAGAAAUGAAAGAAAGGGAAAAAAGGGAAGCACAAGAAAGGAAAGAAAGGGAGAAAAAAGAAAAAAGAGAAAGAGAAAAACGUGAAAGAAAAGAAAGGAAGGAAAGAGAAAAAAGAGAAAAAAAAGAAAGGAAAGAAAGAGAAAAACGAGAAAAAAAGGAACGCGAACGAAGGGAAAAACAAUUAAGAAAGGAAAGAGAAAAACGUGAAAAAGAGGAAAGGAAAUUAAGGGAAAGAAGGGAAAAACAAAUAAGAAAGGAAAGAGAAAAACAAGAAAAAAGAGAAAGGAAACGGCGUGAAAAGCAAGAAAAGAAAGAAAGGAAAAAGCGUGAGAAACAAGAAAGAAGAGAACAAGAGAAGCGUGAGAAACAAGAAAGAAAAGAACAAGAGAAGCGUGAGAAACAAGAAAGAAAAGAACAGGAGAAGCGUGAAAAACAAGAAAGAAAAGAACAGGAGAAGCGAGAGAAACAAGAAGAAAAAAAAAGGGAGCAGCUUGAAAAACAAGAAGAAAAAAAAAGGGAGCAGCUUGAAAAACAAGAAGAAAAAAAAAGGGAGCAGCUUGAAAAACAAGAAGAAAAAAAAAGGGAACAGCUUGUGAAACAAGAACAAAAAGAACAGGAGAAGCGUGAAAAACAAGAAAAAAAAGAAAAUAUAAAAGAUGAAGGAAACAGGAAUAUUAAGAACGAAGAUAAUAAAAAUAGGAAUAACAUGGAAACACGUCCUACUGAUAAAAAUAAUUAA